AUGGAUCAUGGAGAAAACCCUUUCAGUAUUUUUACUUAGUAAUAAGAAUUUUUGUUAUAAAAUGAAGUCAGAUGUGUAGAUUUGGAUGAAGAAGAGCGAAUAUUAGCAAAUUUAGCGAAAGAAGAAGUUGAUUAAUUAAGAAUAUUAAGCAGAAUACCUAUAGGCACUGAACUUUAUAGAUUCAAAAUGGAAUAAUAUAAAGAGUUAAGUACUUUGAAAUCAGAAAUGGAGAAAAUAGCUAAUGAAUAAAAACUUUAAAGAUUAAGAAGAGAAUUCGAAUACUAAAGAAGAGAAGAAGAUAGAUAAUAUGAUAAUGAAAAAUGGAAUGAUGAUCAAAGAAAAUGGAUUAUUGCGUAAAGAAUUAGAAAAGAUAUGGGACCCACUGUCGGUUUAAAACAAUAUGAUUAAAAUGAUGGAUUGGUCAUACAUUGGGAUUAUAUUUUGGGUUUACCUAAAAGAAAUAAUUUCGCCUAAGUUGUAUUCGGAGUUUUUAAUAAUGGUGAUACUUUAUAUACUCCUAAGAUUGUUGAUGCAAAAGAUUGUGAAGUUGAAAGUGCAGAAACUGUAAGAUGUAUUAUAGGAGAUUCUCAUUAAGUUUUCGACAUACCACCUUCGACUGAUGCUUUAUUAAUUAUGGAAGUAUAACUUCCCUUUUCAAAGAAAAAAGGAGAUAACACAAACAAAACAGAAAGUUUAGGGUGGACUUAAUUAGAUUUAUUUGACUUAAAAAAAGAACUAAAACGAGGAAAAUUCAAAUGUCCUAUAUAUUAUCCACCAACCGACUAAAAUAUAACAAUAGAAGAUAUUCGGCAUUUAGAACCUAUUCCAGGUACAUGGAUAUAUCUUAGAAUAGCAUAUCCAAAUGAUGAUGAUUUCAGUAAAUAAAAAUCUCGUUAUCCAGAUCAUACAAUGCAUGAAUAUAUAAUUCCGAGAAUUCAUUUAAGAAAUGAUUUAGGAUAUAGAUAAUAAUAAAAAAUCUAAUACACAAUGCCUAACUAAGACUAAAUGUUAUAAAAUAUAUCUUAUCCAGAUUAAUCCUACAGGAAUUACUAAGAACCUUAACCUUAAUCCAACGGAUAUUAUGAUGUUCCAAGACCAUCUGAUGAUAAACAAAAAAAAGGUCUUUCUGUUUCUGUAAUGAAUAUCUAAAAUUAUAAGCCAGUAUAAAAUAUAAAAGUAUUAAUUGGACUUCUUUAAGACGCGAAAAUAGUAUUAGAUGAUAAUAAUAAAUAAUGUAAUUUCUAUACUUCAGUCCAUAAUCCUAAUUCCGAAGAAUAAAUGGAAGAUUUACCUUAAGAGGCUGUUAUUCCAUUAGUUGAAUAAAACUAAUAAUCAAAUAUGAUGAAUAAUAAAUAAUUUGGAGAAAUAUUAAAAUGGCAAGAAGAAUAUAAAUUUUAUAAAAAUAUUCCUAAUACAUUUUGGGAAAAUAAUAGACAAGAUUUAUAUAUUGGCAUUUAAGUUUUAGAAAAGGAACCUCCAAAGAGUAUUUCAAAUCCUGGAGAUUCUGAAUCUUAUAAAGGAUAAUAUAAUACUAUUGGUUGGAAUUUUAUUAAAGUAAAUAGAGAAGAUGGUUCAAUAAAAUCGGGUUUAUAUACUGUAGAUUUAUUUGAACCUCCGGCAGUAAAGCCUCCUGUAAGAGAAGAUUUACAAUAAAAAACAGGAAAAAUGAUUGAUAUAAUAGUCUAACAAUAUAUAUAUGAUUAAGCAUCUAUUUUAAAAUCUUAAACGAAAUCAAAACCUUAACCAGCUUCUCAAUAACCUGAAGAAGAACAAGAGAUUUUAGAUAAUAGUCCUUAUAUUCCAAACCCUAAACCGUAGUAUAAAACAAAAGCUUUUCAAAAAAGAAUGGGAAUCGAUUUUUAUAUUGACGGUUUGAGAUAUUUACCAGAUAAAGUGACUGUUUCUAGGAUUUAUUUAGAUGUUUUUAAUGUUAAUUAUGAGCCUAUUUUCGAAUAAAAUUCUUGUUUACCUGAACUUGAUUCUACUUCAUUUAAUCCUAUUUGUAAUUUUAGAUUAGAAUUAAGAAAAGAGCAUAUAGAUCCUUCUUCUAUUGUUUUAAUGACAAUUGUUACUUUAGAUAAGUCCAUUAAUGAAAUAAGAAUUAUUGGUUAUUCAGCUAUUCCUUUAUUUAUUACUCCUGGAUAAAAUGGAAAACACCCUUCUAGUUAAAAUAUAACUGAAGUAUUUUUAUAUAGUGGAGCAUAUUAAUUACCUAUUUUUUCUUAAUAAAUUAAAAGAGUAGUUCCUUUUACUAUUGACAAAAUUUAUAAUCUUGAAAAAUUGCCAUGUGCAUCUAUUUUAGUUAGAAUUUAUGCAGCUCCUAUGGAUGAAAAAGGAUUAAAUGCUUUAUCUAUAAAGGAUUUUCCUGACCAAAAAAUAUGGCUUUCGAAAGGUUUAUUUCAUCCGAGGCCUUUGUAUUCUAAAAAAGUUUAUAAUACCAGUUGGUAUGAAGCUAAUGAUGCUGAAAAAAAGCUAUUUCCUUAUAGAGUUAUAAGAGAAGAUAUAAGUAUAAAAGAAUAAGCUUAUAUUAUAAUAAAAGGAAAGAAUAUAAAUAAAAGAUUUAAAAACACAGAAUUAUAUUAAUUCUUAGAUGACAAUAUAAUAUUAACUGAUGAUACUAAAAUGAUAGAUAUGACCUAUUUCGCAAAAUAUUCUUAAUAAUCAGGAGUUAAGUUUAAUUUGGAUGGAUUACAUUAAGUGCCUGACGAAUCUUAAAUAUAUGUUGCAUUCUUCUCAUAUAACCCACCCUUUGGAGGCUUUUAUCCUUAUUUACCUGAUGGCGCAGAAAAAGAAUAUGGUUCUGAUGAUGAGGACGAUCCUGAAUUUAAACCUUAUUUACAAAAAAAAGAAGAUUUAGAAUAUUAAAAAUAAUUAUAAAUAAAUGAAAAAUAAAAAGUUAUACAAUUACCACCAGAUUCGACUGAAGUAUAUUUUUUUUAGUUUUUUAAAUAAAAAAUAAAUACUAAGGUUCAUUUAAUUUCAACUUUAAAAUGGAGUUCUGCAGCCUAAAGUCCUUAAUUUGAUGAUUAAUGGUCUACAUUUAAUAAAGAGUUUAAUAGAUAUCAAUGUAUUAUAGUGGAUAUUAAAAGCAUAACUUUUAAAAACAUUAAUCCUUAAUUUACUGAUGUUGGAUGGACUAUUGUCCCUGUUUUUACUCCCGAUGGAUAUGUAUAAUCAGGAACAUUCCAGAUUCCAUUAAUAAAAGGAGCUGUAAACGCUAAUUUUUUAUAUGAGUUAAGAAAAAAAAACAUGAAAAAACUAAGAAAUGAAAAUAAAAGAGAUAAAAAAUAACCUUGGGAUUUCUUAAUGGAAAAGGUUUAAUAGAAAAGAAGUGGAUUUAAAUUUUUGGAAUAUACCUCAAUUAUUUGUAGAGUUUUAGAUUCAUAAAGAGAAGGACAUUUAUAACAAAGAUUCGAUACUAAUAGAAUGAUUUAUGAUUAUUUGCCUUCAUAAAAUAAAAUGAAGUAUUCCUAUAAUGAAGCAGUAGAACUUAAAUUAAAAGAAAAAAAAAGGCUGUCAGCUAAUGUACCUAAUAAAGAAAGUUAAGCAAAUUAUAAUAGAAAAAUCACAGAUGCUUGCAUUUUUACAUAUAAUUUAGUAAGAUAUAUGUGA